AUGUCGUCUAUGACAUUUGGUCAAAAAUCUUUUCAACCAACACCUCCAGAUAAAGGCAGUUUUCCUUUAGAUCACGAAGGUUUGUGUAAAAAAUCGAUGAUAAGUUAUAUGAAAUGUUUAUUUAUUAAUAAGAACGAUAAUUCAGCUUGUCGCAAAGAAGCUAAAGAAUAUUUGAGUUGUCGUAUGGACAACAAUCUUAUGGCCAAAGAAGAGUGGACGAAAUUAGGUUUUACAACUGAAGACGUUUCUAAUAAACAAUAAAAAUGGUUAAUAUACUUAUCGGAUGUACUGGAAGUGUUGCUACUAUCAAGUUACCGUCGAUAAUACAACAAAUUAUAGCUUCAAAUAUUGCUUCUAGUUCUGAAAUAAGAGUAUGUUUGACAGAAUCUUCCAAACAUUUUUUAAAAAAUGAAAAUUUAGAUGAUACUAAUGUUUAUGUGGACUCAGACGAAUGGGAGGCUUGGACUAAUAGGGGUGAUCCAGUACUACAUAUCGAACUUGCAAAAUGGGCUGACUUAUUGAUAAUUGCUCCAUUAGAUGCAAAUACUUUAGCAAAAA